AGUUAUAACUUCUCUUCUCUCUCUUCUCUAUCUUCUCCCCCAAUUCUCUCUAUUUUGGUAUAUUCAUUAAGUCGAUCUGUAAUCUUAGAUUUUGUCCAAAAUAUUAAUUGGGGUCUGUUGUUUGUAAUCUAUAUAUUGUUGGGUUGUGCUUGUAUUUCUGUAGAUUUGUAAUUGUGUGUAUCUACCAUGGGAGGAGCUUCAGUAUUGGAGAACGAAGUCGACGACCUCGCAGAUUUGCCUCCUGGUUUUAGAUUUCAUCCCACUGAUGAGGAGAUAAUAACUCAUUAUCUCACCGAGAAGGUGAUGAACAGCAGCUUCAGUGCAAGAGCCAUCGGACAAGUUGAUCUCAAUAAGUGCGAGCCAUGGGAUUUACCAAAGAAAGCGAAGAUGGGUGAGAAGGAAUGGUACUUCUUUUGCCAGAGGGAUAGGAAGUAUCCGACCGGGAUGAGAACAAAUCGAGCUACGGAAUCAGGGUAUUGGAAGGCCACCGGGAAGGAUAAGGAGAUUUACAAGGGAAAAGGGUGUUUGGUUGGCAUGAAAAAGACACUUGUUUUCUACAAAGGAAGAGCACCCAAGGGAGAGAAAACCAAUUGGGUCAUGCACGAAUACAGACUCGAAGGAAAAUUUUCAUACUACAACUUCCCUAAACCCGCAAAGGAUGAAUGGGUUGUGAGUAGGGUUUUCCACAAAAACACUGGGAUUAAAAGAAGCCCAAUUACUGGACUUAUGAGGGUGAGCUCUGGAUCUUUUGUGGAUGAUCUGUUAAUGGAUUGUCCUUCUUCAAAUUCAUUGCCGCCAUUAAUGGAGCCAUUCUACUCGAACAGCGAAAGACCGAGCUCAAGCCUUGGCUAUGGCAGCACAGAAGAUGCCGAAUUCAAAGGGACAACAAAACCUUCACCAAUGAGAUCUUCAGAUGGAAAUUACCUCAUGAUCAACUCCUACUUGGACCAACAAUUUCAAAGGCAACAACAAGACCACAAUAACAAUUUCCUCAUGCCAACUGGUGUUUACAAUCCAAGUAACCAAACAAUGCCAAACAACAUUUUCUACCCCCAAACACAGCUACAAAAUCCCAUGGCCUUUCCUAUGCAAGCAUUUGAUUCCAUCCCGAGUUUUCAACCCUCUUCAGGCCUCAUGAAGGGUUCAAAUGAUGCCAUUCUACGAUCUCUCGGGACCGAGCAGCUGGAGAGGCAGUGCAAGGUGGAACAAUUCUCCUCCAACCAGUCCAUGGUCAGCCUGUCACAAGACACCGGACUCAGCAACGACAUGACCGCCGAGAUAUCGUCGGUGGUUUCGAAGCAAGACAUGGGAAGCAACACUACUAGGUCUUAUGAUCAGCAAGACCUUGAUCAAGGUGGUCAUAUUUCAGACUUGGACUGUUUCUGGAGCCCCAACUACUGAAGACUUGAUCAAUUGUGUCUGGGUGAUAAUUCAUAAUUAAGAGUCCUAACCAUUUCUUAGGAUUGGCAUAGAUCAUCAGAUUUUAGGUAGUCUUCUUUGUUAUAUAGUAGUUUAAUUAAUUAGUCCAAAGGAAAAUUAAAAUGCCUGUUCAUGCUUGUAGAAACUACUGUAUAAAUUUAUGUAUGAUUUCCAGUCAUUUUCGGAUUUAUGUUGUUAUAGAAAACAUCAAUUACUUUAUACAGCCUCUGUAUAUGUACAUUUUUAUUCAUUCAUUUAUUUAUUUUUCGAUAA